CUAAUUUGUUAUAAAAUAUAUUGUGUGAAAUUGUACUAUUGAUAAAAAUAUGGCAAGCAUUUUACUGAGUCCUAGCAUGUCAGCAAAACUGAAGACCAGAGAUUGCGCGAAUAGGAUUAAACAUGGAUCACCGAAAUUACAAGAAGUUCUUAGACAGAGAUGCCGGGAAGAAAUGCGGAAGAAACGUGGUCAGUUGUUCAAUAAACGAAGAAUUGGGCUUGAUGAUAAUCCUGCCAAUUUACAAGAAACUUUAACGGAAAUUGUACGCAAAGAAUUCAAUACUCUUCACACUUCUGAUUGGCAAAUUGAUGAUCCAUCUACUACAGUGGAAGAUAUAUUAGACUCGGACGAAGCUUUAGAAUUAGAGGGUGAAAUAAUAGCAGAAACUGAACAAUGGAUUUUGGGAGAAUAUGAGAGAUGGUCUCGCAACGAAGAAGAUAUGUUGGCCCUCAUUGCUGAGGAGAGCUUUAAAGAUGUUAUAUGUCCAAUUUGUCAAAGAUCUUCUUUAACUGAGAUCCCUGAGUUUAUAGCUUGUCUAGCAUGUGGUCUUAGUUUGCCUGCCAGAGUAAGCAUUACUGAUCUUGGGAAAAUUAUAAUCAAUAAUGUCGAGGCUCACUCUGCAAGAUGUGACGAACCAUCUUGUUUCGCUGUUAUUCCUGAAAAUAAUAAUAUAUCAUUGUACCUGAUGUGCCAAAUAUGUUCUACAUUUGAGCUUCUCUUGUGAACUGAAGUAACAUUCUUACCAAGCUCGGUCCUAGCAAAUCAACAUUAUUAGUAGCCGUUUUCUAAUUAUUUAUAAUCAGAUUGAAAUAAGAAAAUAUUUUUGUAAUUAUAUGAACUUCAAUCUUUCGAUGCACUUUUUCUUAUGUAACUAGUGAUUGUCAUAAUUAAUAUUAAUUUUAAUAGUUCCACGACAGGUACUUUUGUAUUACAACUUUGAAGAUUGUGUCUCUUUGUACAAUGAUUCAUAAUGAAAUUAUCUACCAUGACUCAAAUUGUUUCUCUGAAGUAUUUGGUUUUUUGAUUACGAAACAGUUUGUUGAACUUAAACAAUAAUAUUUAUAAUAAAAUUAAGAUACCCAUUGUUAAUUAGUAAUAAGGAUAACGAGUAGACGCAGCGCGUUUGGAAUUCGUUUAUGUUAGGUUGAUUAUAAAAUAAUUAUUUGGGUAACAACUGAGUGUUUAUGAUUAUAUGAUACAUAUUGUACAAAACAACAUCCCUUCACUGAUCCGCUUAUGUCAUAUUCAUCACUUAUACAUAUACAUACACAAUAUAAUUUCCAGUAAAGGACUUUUGCCAAUCGUUCAAAUAUUCAAGCAAAUACAUCAGUCAUUAAGUACCGAUUAUAUCAAAUAAACAAUUGAAUGUUUCUAGACUAAAAGGAAGCAACGGUACAAUAAUAUUCAGGUGUAACACAGAAGGAAGAUAUUGAUAAAUUUCUACCUGUUUGAGCACCUGCAUAUGACGAUUCAUAUCUCAUACAGGUAUCACAAACUUAAUUUAAAAGUUUGAUUUUACUCUUUUUCUUGUUCUCUAGUAAACUACGCAGGAAUGG